UCAUACGUCAACACUGUAAGUUUGACGUUUGUUGCAUUUAAAAACAAUCGAUUAGGAAUUUAUUUACAAAAUUUAUUUAUUUACAAACUAUGAGUCUGUGUAUAUUGAAGGAUCGCUUGGAGAACUUUAAGCAAUUAAAGGAAUUGUCUGUCGAUGAAUUAUCCGAAUUGUGUAAUCUGUCGAUCGACUUUCUGAAGACCGGACCGAAGAAUGAACGUCAUCCAAAAAUUGCAGACAAUGUCGAGAGUCUCCACUCGUUGAUUAAAACAUUGAUCUUACUACUGACAGAUGUAACCAAGAGCAAUCUGAAUCAAUCGGAAUUCGAAGCAUCCCUAAAAUUGGUUUUCUCCGCCAAACAACUGCCAAUUCUGUGGCAAUAUAUUGUUGACAACAAAGUUUUCAUUAAAAAUACUCUGCAAAGUCAAACUGUUAAAUUUCCCCGGUACAGAGAUUUAUGUUGGCGUAUCGAAACCAGGAUUUCGUCGAGAUGUCUAUUGCACCAAAUCACUCCGAUCACCACUGUGCUACUGACGAUGGACUCGGAACAGAUUAACGACAACAAAGCUAAAAUCACAUUCGUCAACGACAAUUCAUUUUCCAGUACAACCAAAACCGUUUUGUUCCAAAUCGACCCCAAUAACUUAGUGCACAUUAUCGAUGUUUUGGAGCAGGCACUAGCAGAAUCAAAAACUCAUCGUACUAGAAAUACACUGAAGGCAUUCCAAAUAAGUUCUAUUUAAAAAGCUAUAUGUACAGUACAGAUAGGCCCUAAGUGGCUGGUGAGACAUCGUAUGUUUUAUUUAAUCAUAGUAGCCAUGACAUUGAUGUCCACCCACAAUUUAUUCAGAAAAUAAAAUUUUCUCGAUCGAAACGGUCUGAAAAUUUA